UUUUACCAUCAAAGAUUUCAGUUUCCCAAAGCACUCGCAGCAUGUUUAUGUUUGCCAACCACCGCUCAAUUACAUAGAAUUUAAAUUUGCUUUGUUGCGAGUGAAAUACGAACAUCUACAAUGUAGUUAAAUACACCCUUAUCUGGCAAGCACUUUCUGCCUUCCCGAGUUACUUCCUGUUCAUGAAUGAAAUGGUCGACAUUAUUGCCUCACAGAGGCUGUCCAACAGUAGCAUUUAUAAGUGAAAAGUUGGUAUUAAGGAAUAUUUGACUUUGAAAGGUUUACUUGGAUUUAUCGCAAGAUAUUCGAGGAAAUUUGUAGGUGAAACCCAGAAGUCAAACGUUUUCUCUGGAUAUACUUUCUAAGGAGGGAAUGCUUCUCUGAAGCAUAUCCUGCAUCCGUGAUGAGUUCCUACCCAGCUUACCCUCAUAAUGGCCUGUAUGGACCACCCACAUCAGUUCCACCGGGCAUACCACCAGUGCCUCCUGGUGUCUCGGCCGCCUCGUUGGGCCUGAGGCCGGCACAGCACCAUGUUGGUAUCCCCAUGGCCCACCAGGGACUUCCUCCAGGUGGGCAAGGGGACGGAUCACAGAUGGUGCCCACUGGCCUACAGCCAGGAGGACAUGGUAUGCCGCAGACAUCCCAGGGCCUUCCUGGGGCUGGCCACCCGGCCUGGUGCUAUUUGCCCCCUAUGAGCUCUGCUUCAGUCCUACCAGUGCAGCCUCCUGACAAAGAGGAUAAGUUUAAUUUUGGCUUCACCACAACAGAACUUCCAACUCGUCUCUUGAACAAAGAUGUGAUUGACUAUGCAGUGAGUGCAGGGCAGUCCAUUGCCAAUCAGCCCAACCCAAAUAUGUCAGUGGAUAACACGACAGGCACAUCAAACAUUGCUCUACCUCAUGAGCCUGUCAUGGAGAGGCCUCCAGCUCCUAAACCCAGCAAGCCGCGAAAAGUUGGAGGAGGGGGGCGAUCAAGCUCAGGGAAAAAACGUCAGCGUCAACCAGAACUGUGGAAAAAGAAUGUGUCCAAAGUGAAAAAGAUUCGUGGGGAGGCUCAUCUGAGUCGUAACGGAACAUACAUACCUGCCAAGCAGGUGGAGACAGUGGACUGUACUGCUUGUAGUUUUAAGUGUAAUGAGAAUUUCUCAGAAGAUCUUCGCUCACAGUUAUUCAACAUGUUCUACAGCCUGGGAUCCAACGAGAGUCAGAAGCAGUUUGUCUGUCAGAACGUGACAGAAGAGUCCACCAAGCAGAACAAUAAAAAGACUGAGGAUGGUUCCACCAGGGAGAACAGACGCAAAGUGAGUCGAAAAUACUACUUACCAGAGAACGACAACAAUCGGAAACAAGUGUGCUCUCGUUUUUUUCGUGGCACGCUGGCUGUUGGAAAGUCAUUUAUCACCCAUGCAUUAAAGCAUAAGCAGUUUGGCUGCUAUAUGGGCCAGGAGAAGCGGGGAAAGCCACACAACAAGACACCGUCAGACCAGGUGGACAUGGCACGUUCGCACAUCGUGACCAUUCUGUGCAUGGACACUAAGAGUGGCAAGAAGAAGAGUGUGAAGAAACGUUGUGCAGAGAAGGGGCUCACCGUAGCCAAAAUGUAUGAAAUGUUCAAAACCGAUUGCAUGGCCAAGAACGUAUCUCCUGUCAGCCUCAGCAUUUACAGAAGGAUCUUUCACACAGAGUUUUAAACUGUAUAUUGUGAACCCAUUUCCAAAAAGUAUUGUACUUGUCUGUUUACUAAGCAUGGUUAGUGUCCCUCUAAUUAUUUGUCAGUUUACUUUUCUCUUCUCUUCUGUUACAGCUCUCUCAAUAUUGAUUAUUACUAUUAUAUCUGUAAGUAUGACAAUAGUUCCCUAUAUUGGCAUGCUCCUUCUCUCCUGUCAUUGACAUAAAAGGCAACAACUAGUCUGUAUAAAAAAGAACAUGAUGUCAUAAUGAACGAUGAUGACAUGAAUUGUACGUGCCUGAAGUACACUUUUUUGUUCAUCUUUUAACCUCAUCAUGUGUUUCUAUGUUUACUUGAAUUGUAGCUUGUACUACUGUCAGUUCAUGGUUUACUCCCUUCUGGUUUGAUUCCCCCAGAUUUUGUAAUUUUACUCUGUGCCUGUGUCUCUGGCCUUGUAAUGGUUACACUACACUAUUUCAUUUUACAUCCAUCUAGUAAGGUAUAACCAAAAGUUUUUUUUCUUAACUGUUAUCUAAAGGGAUCUUCAAGGCCAAAUGCUGUCAUGAACAAAACCUCCUGCCACAAUACUAUCACCCGGUUCUGUCUCUUUCACUGUUUUUUUUUUUACAGCAUAAAAGCAGGUGAUUUGAGGGUGUCCCCGAUAGGUCCUUUUUUUCUGUCCCCCUGUUUUUUUUCUGUGUGUGUGUCUUAGUUUUUUCCCUCCAAAAGUAAUGACAACUAUUCUGUCUGUGUGCUUGUCUUUACUUGAACAAAUAUGAGGGCAUAGUGAGCAUUUUCAGUCAUGUGAACAAAGCACUGCAGUGAAGGCUUUUUCAGAUGCCUUUCAUGAAAUACAGAUAGUUGUGAAGCAGGACUGUGAAGCUGCAGCUCUGUCCGUUCCUUUAGGAUGUUUGGUAGUGAGAAAAAACAAGUCAAUGUCAUGUUUUCUAAGAUAUGAUUUCUAAAGUGUCCCACCAACUCACCAUUGUCAUGAUUAUCAGAUAAUUGUAAUCUUAUUGUAUUUUAUGUGUAGGGAAUGAAGUCCAUCCAUUUUGACUCCCCCUAAGGACAAAAAUAUAGCUUUUUAUCCAGAACUACUAGUGAUAAGAGGGCUUUUUCUUCACAUUCACAGGCUCCUAAUCUUAUUCUCUUAUUGUCUCUUUAAUAAUACAAAAAUCCCAAGAAAAAAAUGGCGGACUGGCUCACUCAUCUACUACUUUACUACAUUCUUCACAACACUGUUUACUGUACCGGUAGUUUACUCACAGGAAAGAAGCUGUGCUAACUGACCCUAUACAUGAUAUACCUAGCACACUUCACUAGACGUAGUAUCACACUGCAGGGUGUGAUACUUUCUGAAGCAGUCUUUGGGAUGCGGGUAGGGUUUGUCAGAACAUCAAGUGCAGAAGUACACUACACUGUGCUCUGGGGCUGACCCGUCACACUUUUGCUACAGUGGUGUAGCCACACUUUCUCAUUCUGCUGAAUGUUUUUUCUCUUCACUGACUCUUCCUGCGUCUAAAUUUGCAUUACAGUUGUGUAAAUGGAGUGCAUGUGUAUGCAAGUCCAAUGUUGUGGUAGAUAUUUAAGUAAGUAAUAUCAAUUAUUAUGCAAAAAAUUAGUUACAGAAGAUGAGAGAUGUUCUCAUGUAUGUUCUGACAUGUUGAGAGAGUCCUUAUGUUAUAUUUUCUUCCAAAGGCAUAGUAUAGACCCAUUGCAGAUGGUGUCACAACAACUAUAUUUAUGCUGUAAUGUUUUGGCACUGGAUUUUCCCCUUUCUUGUGGGGUGUCUGUUGGCUGCUCUGAGUAUGGACUUGAAUCAUGACGAACACAGCUAGAGCCUAGUAGAGAUCUUCUACUACCUACUAUGUGUGGUGACUGGUUAUUACGUACCAUAGCCUGUUCUCAAAGGACAGCUGCAUUUAAAACAGUUAAGUCUUUGAGUUCUGUCUGAUUCAAAGCUAAUAACAUUUACAAAAGUUCUGAGAUGUCGAACCCACAGUCUGCACCGAAACUGAAGUAUACGAUAGUAAAAUAUCUCUACACCCAAUCCAUACACUUUUGAAUCUGAGUGUUUUUAGUAGUCACUUUUACACCUCAUAAUAUGUUGUACGCAAACAAGGUUUCUGAAUUUGUUCAGUAGAUUGAGUACAUUAAUGUACCGUUCCUGAAUAGGAGAUUGGGCUCAUAUGACCUUAUUAUGCAGUUGCGAGCGCCGUAAAACCCUCUACUAUAAAAAAA